AUGAACAUCCCUAGCAAGAUCGCUGUGUGCUUGCUGCCCGGCCCAGUUUUACGUGACAGCGGAGUGUUUGAGUACACAUGGAAGGAACUUACAGUUUGGCUGGAACACUUGGAUAAUACAAAAGAAGACAAAAAGGAAGCAGUGAUUCGAUUUUUGGAAAGGAUCCUGUUGAAGCUGGUGACAAACCCCUAUCCCUAUACAGAUAAAGCAGCAGACCUUGUUCAGGAAGCCAGUGUGCUCCAAGUCAAUAUGUUUAAACAAGACUCUGAUAACAUCAGCAUUCCCGUCUCUCACAUUGACGAUGUCCUGGAUAUGGUGGAUGUCCUAAUUGAGGGCAGUGAUGGCUUAGAUGAAGAAAUUGGGUUCACUUUAAAUGAAGACAUGAUCAUUCAAGCAUUUCCAUUCAGUGCUGUUGUCCCUGCUGCAUUAGAAGCCAGGAAUAUACUGUUACUUGAGACUAAAAAUGGAACAGGAGUACACAUCGUAGAGUAUCUUGUUGCUGUUUUCACUGACCUCCUGCACUCUCAGAGGGAGCCCCUUGCCCUCUGCUUGAUGUUCCAGCUCUAUGAUAAGGAUCUGCAGUCCCUGAAAGUUUCGAAGUAUCCUCAGCUCUACCACUUUAACCAGUACUACAAACUCUGGAUACCCCAGCAGUCUCAGGAACCUCUGUUCAAAAAACGCAAAGAGAUAUGCAAAGAACCUGCUGUGGCCCUGGAUUCUAUAUUUACCACUUUGCUAAAGAAAGCCUACGAGAGAGGAAGCAAUACUUUACUGGAAGACGAUAUCCAGACAAAAUUGAGAGACUUGGCUUCCCAGCUCCCACCUGAACGGCUUUUGUUAGGAGUGAAGCAUGUGUUGCUAUACCUGAAAUCCACAGUGGAGAACUUUGGCACUCUUAGUAAGACUUUUGGUCCUCACCUUAUUGACCUCUGUGUGGACCUGCUGAGAACCUUGAUGUGCCGUGGAAAUCAGAUAGAACUGGAUAAUCAGCAGAAGCGAGAAGAGCAUCAGGCUGAGUCGGAUCUCUUUAUGGACGAGGAAUCUCUGAUUGCAGAGGAGUUUUCAGAUGAGAAGGCAACAGAAGACACACUCAUAUUGAUUUUCAGACAUCCUACCCUGCAGAGUUGGUUCUUGGCUUUAGAACAACGUUCUCUUCCUCAGCACAAUUUAAACCCUGUCACCGUGAAGCUCCUGUCGGCUCACCUCAAUUCUGGUGUGCUCCAGCUGUUGAAAACGGGUGCCUCGAUGCUGCAGAGCGUGGAUCACAAACAUGUGUUAUCAAAGUAUUUUGAAGCUAUCACAAGAAGUGUCUUGAAAGAGCUACAGGCUGCAGGGAAAGACAGAAGCCAGCUCUCUCCCAAGAAGUCUCACCCGCUGGAAGCUCUGGAGGAGUUGCACGUGUACAUGACUGCAGCUCAGCUGAAGGAGAUCACGUUAACCAUGCUGCGACUUCCCGAGAUAAGUUUGACUAUUCAGAAAUCUGAAAAAUCCCCUAAAAAAGGGAAAGAAUUAAGCUUCUAUGGACAGAUUUUGGUGCAGCUCCUCACAGAGAGCUACCAGAGGCAGCCCCAGCGAGGAGAACUACUCUUCUCCACAGAGCACAUGAAAGCAUUGGGCAUACUGAUGUCAGCGUCAGCCAGCAAAGAUCUGGAGGAACUUUUCCUUCAGGCUCUCCAAAGUGAGCCAGUCCUUGCCCAUGCAGUCAGUGCAGAGGUGCAUAUUCACUGCCUUAAUCAGAGGUCAGAAACGUCUCUUGCCAUCGUGGGCAUGCUGAUGAAACACUGUAGGACUCACCUGCUGCAGUUUGAGCUGUGGUGUCUGAGCAGCGCCGCUGGGAAGUGCCUCAGGAAAAACGUGGAGAGCUUUCUUCCGCUCAUUGAUGUGUAUUUGCAAUGCAGAGACCAGUAUGAUUUCACCCGGCCUUCCACAGUUGUCUCUGCUGUUUUACCUGUCUUGAGGAAAGCUCUGUGGAAGGAGCUCUGCAAUGUAUUUCAAGACACAAAAGCAUCACACGAGACCACUGUGAAACUGCAGGUUCUUUCAAAGUUGUUGCCAUCUUCAGGGAACAAAGGGCUGCAAAACCUUAUUGACCAGCUUCCUGCUGCUCUUGAGAAAGCAGAAAACAAUGAGAGUUGGGCAGUGGCAGAUGCCAUAUCUAGAGUGCUUGAAAACUCUGAAGAGCUGCAUUCCUGGAGGAAAUGCCUGUUAUCAGCCUGCAUGAAGGGGUUAGUUGUCAUGUACAACAGCAGUAAAGAUGAAAGCAAGCAAGAAGUGGAGAGAUCCAUGCUGCUGAGGCUAGAAGAGUUAUUGCGCUGUGUCGAAGAAGUGGACCCAGAUGAGUGGUACAGCCUUGUGAGGAUAGGACUCAGGUACCGCUACAGAGAUGAAGCAUUUUUGAAAGUCCUGAACAUUGCUAUUCAGUUGUUAUACAAGAAAGAAUCCUCACUUACUCAGAGCUUAGUCAAGCUCUCCAAACUUCACAUGAUGGUCACGCAGCACUCUCUAUUUUUGUCAGCCAUACUGAGGUCAAGAGAAGAAGAAGACACGAAUAUCCAGACAAGAGAGGCCUUGGUGGAUAUUCUGCUGACAGUUGUGAAACUCAGCCCUUCUCUCUGUGAGAGCAGUCACCUCGCUGUGUUGCUGGGUGCUUAUGGAGCUACGCUGAGUGCUGUGGAUCAGAAGAUACUGCUACUGUUGCAGUUGUAUGAGAAGAAUAACCAAAGUCUCAUAAGUUCCAGAAUCCUUCUAUGGGGUCCAGCUGCUGUGGAGCAUCACAAGACUUGCAAGAGUCUAGGGAAGUCACUAUGGCAGCAGCCAAGCAUGGAGGAGAUUCUGUGUCUGCUAGAUCGAGAAAAGAUGAUGAAGACAAUUCUGUCUUUCCCUCAGCAUCGUCGUCUUCUGUUAUCACAGGAGUCGCUAUAUAGAGAUGAAAGUGUCAAGAGUCUCGAUGACUUAUAUGAUCCUUGCUUUCUACUUCAACUCUUCAGUGAACUGACCAGACCAGAGUGUGUAGUGGCAUGUCACAAGUUUGUUGAAGUCAACGCCCUGGGUCUAACAGUAGCUGCCCUUAGCAGCUAUGAUUCCAACAUGAGAGCAGUUGCCUAUUUUGUCCUCGCUUCUUUUCGUUCUCAUCUGGAAGGAGCUCGCUUUCGAGAGAAGACUCAGUUGCUGUAUCUCCUGGAUGCCGUGCAAAAUGGAAUCAGGCAGCCAAACCUCAGAUUUACCUUCUCUUUGACCCUCUACAUCGCUCGUGUGGCACAGCAGAUUCUGAAGCCAGAGGAGCACAUGUAUAUAAAGGUAAACAGAUUCCUUCUGUCGCACCAGUAUUUGGACCUGAGGAAAGUACCUGGGUUUUUCCAGCUUUUCUACAGCUUUGAUUUUGAGUACAAAACAGAACGUGAGUGGAUUCUCAGACUUCUUGGAGAAGGGCUGCGUGAUAAACAUUGCUAUGAGCUUUAUGACUACCAGAGGAUUUUCCAGGUCAUUCUUUCCUUUUUCAACAGUCCUUUGUGUGAUGAGGGCUCCCAGAGUCGUAUUCUGGAGAUAUUGCAAAAUGCUGCCCGUGUCACCAGGGCUGCCUAUGAGCUGAUACAAGAUCACAGCCUCCUAACCUGGAUAGUGCACAUCCUAGAGAAAAGGUUUCUGGAAAACAAGCUGUUAAAUAGAAUUAUUUCCUUACUCCAUACUCUGUGGCUAACAAAUUUAGGGGACAAGAGAGAAAGCAAGAAUCAGUCCCCGGAGAACAGGAAGUUUCUUCCUAUUCAGCUUGUAAAUGAAUUUCUCUAUGUUUUGAUCACAUUAAUUAAACACAUACGGACUAAUUUAGAUCUAGCCAAGCUCGCUCAGUUUUUCGGUACCCUCCGUUCUGUGCUGGAGUAUCGUGCCAUACUUGCUGAGGCCUUCAAAGAAAUGAGCCGGUUCACCGUGAACAACAGCGUUCUCUCCAGCAAAGAGAUUCUGCUGCUGCUGCAUAAGUGGAGUGUCAUUGAAAAAGACCCGCAACUGCAAGAGGAUGUGCAGACUCUUGCUCAGAAAUUCCAAGUCAAAGAAUUGCGUAAGAAUAUUAAAGAAAAGAACAGAUCUCAAGCCUCGUCUCACACGCGUCGUCCCAUUCAGAAAAAGAACGAGCUAGAAAGAGAUGACGAUGCUGCGGCAGACCUGAAGGCCUGUGAGCUGGAGAAAUGCAGAGACCAUCUGAAUUCCAUCUUUGCCCAUUGGGAACCUGUUUUCCCAGCGCCGCCUGCCAAACACCAAGGAGAGCCGCUCACAUCUGCUGACCUCGCGGACGAAGCAGCCGGUUUAACGUGUGCAUCCACUUACUUAGUAAUUAAAUGGCUCCUGAAGUCCACGGUUGAGCACGGCCUCAAUACGCAAAAUGUUCCGUUAACUCUGCGGUGGCUGCAGAGCUGCAUCUUGCCGCACCCAGUGGUGGUGCAGGAGAUGCUCAGGGAUGAGAUGCUGAGGAACAACAUCUUCAAGUUUUACACGCAGGUCUGUGAGGCCAGCAGCAGGACCGCUGGACUCUUGAAAGAGCUCUGCUUGUUCAGUUCAAUCAUGCUUCACCUGAUGGAUGCUCAGGGCCUGCCCAAAAACAGCUUUCACGAACGUGUGAAGAUGUUGUGCCUGUCAGCAAUGACGGAGGAAGACGCGAACAAGAAAGCUGUUUGUGUAUUCCUGACUUCUGUUUACAUUGGGGACAUAUGGCUUGGAGCACAGGAGCCAGAUAUGUUAAUAACCCACGCCAGAUUGAUCUGCAGUAGUACAGAUGAUAAAUUAAACGAUGACAACUUGGAAACUCAUAAACAAGGAGAAGAAACUAUUAUGGCUCUUUGUAAAACCCUUUACUUGGCUACAUUGGGGCAUUAA